AAUCUAAAUGGGGAAGCGUUUCUUAGGUGGGGUCGUUAAAAAUAUUUGUUUAAAUCACACCACAACCAUUUUUCCACGAAUCGCUUUCGGUUUCCAGAAUAUGACGGGCAAUGUGGGCGGCGAGCACUAAGUGCUGCAGGCGGGGCUAUCGUGCACGUGCAGAUCUAGCGACCAAUCAGAACGCGAGCUGCGCCUGAUAACUCAGCUGUGCAGUGAGUCAUCUGACAGCUGCUGUAGAAUAGAUGCACUUGUUGAAUCGGUUCCCAUUCAGACGGCCAGGUAGGGAAUAGGUUGUGUGCGAAGUCACCUGAAAUCUUUUUGUAACAGUCCCGUUGUAAAUGAGAACACGCUAAAGAACCGACUGGAUAAAAAGCGGCUGAUUUUAUAAUCAUACAUCAACACAAGCUUCAUUGUCAGGACAGCUGUUUUGAUGUCUGCACAGCGAUUGUCUCUCUGGCCAUGUCUGCAAACUGCCUUGUGCUACGGGGUUCUCAUGCUAGCUGCUCUGUCAGAUGUAACCGCAGGUCGAAAUUGCUCUCACCCAGUCAUACCAGAGCAUGUAGGUUUCCACUGUGAUCCUUCUCCUUGUCGUGGUUUCCCUCAAAAGAGCACGAUUCGCUUCUUCUGCGAGCCGGGAUACAAUCUACCCUCCCGCCAUCAUCAGUCUAGGUGUCUUCAUGGGCAAUGGCGACCAAGCAUUCCAACCUGUUUACCCCGAUCAGAGGGCCAUGCUGAACAACAUGAGAAGAUUGUCAACUCUAUCCCAAGUGUGGCAACAACUGCUAUUGGAGUGUCCAUCUUCCUUCUUACCACAACAGCCUGUCUGGUUAUCAAAUCCCGUCUAUUCACCUGUUAUACACAAAGGCGAUCAUCGGAUCAGUUGGACCUAAUGGUUGAUGGCUUACCUGUGUCUCUACCCACAUAUGAGGAGGCAAUCUACAGCAGUUGGGGCCAGCGCCUCCCACCCUUCCGUGGACCCACUCAGCUCCUAUUGGCCCAGGACGCAUCAGACCACAGUCCGCUUACAUCCCUAAUACACUCGGAUUCCAGUCGUUGCACCGAUACAGCCAGUGAAAGCACAGAAGCUCUGCCGCCACCUUACGAAGAGGUCCAAUCACAAUCAAGAGACAGUACAACUGACAGUGAUGAGCGGUCCUUGCAAAAUGCACUUUCUGUUGAUAAAUGCAACUAAUAACUGGACAUUAAUCAACUCUCCCUUUGACUUUUGGUUGUUAAUUUCCUUGCACAUGAGACUUUGUGACCGUUUUUUGCCUUCGAUCAUGGAUUAUUCCUACAGUAGGUGUAAAUAAUUUUCAAGAGGUUGCAGUUUGAAGUUUGAGUGAAAUUAUAAACUAAUUUAUUGGUCUGACAUGGCUGUAGUUUUUCGAGGUAAAGUGCUGGAAUAUUGAUUAUGUCGAAUUUUUCAGUUAUAAGCCUGAGAUAUAGCUAUUAACUCCCCUCAGUGAGGGGAAUUAGAUCAUGAUGUUCAAGAUCACUUGUAUGAUUGGUUGACUUAUUAUGAGGUAGGUAUUACAUUAGGGGAAGAGAGCUAUAUAGUCACUUUAUUGCCUUUUUAAUUUGAAUGAGAACAUCUGUGAAGAUGAAAUGCUGAGUAGGAAACUCAUUGGGGGUGUAAACCCUUCAUAUCACCUUGAGCAGGCUACGAUUAAUUAAACCGAUUUUAGCUGGAUUUAACAUGUUAGGAAAUAUUAUUCCUUGGACUGAAAACGGUCUAGUUAUUUUCACUCAGCCCUUUACCCAAUUCAAUGUUUUGCUGAGGGUUUAGAUUGCAUGAAUGUGUUCACCAUGACAAGUACCCAAACUAAAAUUGUGCCUAUUGACAAAUAUUAUAUAUGAUCAUAAACUUAAAAGGGAUCAUUCACCCAUGAAUGAAAUUCGGUUAUCAUUUUCUGGAUAAACUAUUCUUUAACAUGUAGAAUAAUGGAUUAGAUUUGCUCAAUGGACAUUGAAUGUGUUUUUGUGUAUUUGUUUGUACUUUUCCAGAUGAAAACUAUCUAUCAUUUUAUAUGUAACAUUUACAUUCUUACAUCAUGUAUAUACUUGUGCACAUAAAAUAAAUAAUGCUAAACAUUUUAAAAAAUUUUA